AUGAGAUUAGAUUCUGUCGUACCUAAUUUUAAAGCUAAUACCACAUUCGGACCUAUUAAUUUUUACGAUUUUCAAGGAGAUUCAUGGGUCGUAUUAUUUUCUCAUCCUGCUGAUUUUACACCAGUUUGCACAACGGAAUUGGGUCGAAUGGCCGUCCAUGACAACGAAUUUAAAAAAAGAAAUGUUAAAUUAUUAGCACUUUCAUGUGAUAAAAUGCAAUCUCAUAUUGAUUGGGUCAAUGAUAUAAAAUCAUAUUGUCCAGAUAUAAAAACAGAAUUUCCCUAUCCGAUAAUUGGUGAUGAAACUCGAGAGCUUGCCGUUCUUUUGGACAUGAUUAGCGAAGAGGAUAGAAAUAAUCCAGAUUUGGCAAUGACCGUAAGAGCUUUAUACAUAAUAAGUCCCGAUCAUAAAGUUAAAUUGGCCAUGAUAUAUCCAACAUCGACGGGAAGAAACGUUGACGAAAUUUUACGUUGCAUCGAUUCGCUUCAAUUAUGCAACAGAAUAAAAUACGUCGCCACUCCAGCUAACUGGACGGUAAGUUUAAAAAAAAAAAAAAUUUAUUUAUUUAUUUAUACAAAUCUAACAUAUCAGUUUUAG